AUGGCAUCUGCUCCAGCAUCACAGCAACACACCAGCUACUACAAUACAACAAUCUGGCAGACAUGUCCCAAGGUUCACCCUGACAUGCUCAACGUGCACUUGGUGGCCCACACGCACAAUGAUGUGGGCUGGCUCAAGACGAUGGAGCAAUACUUUUGUGAAGAUCCAUCGGUGUCCUCACCUAACUGUGUGGUGAACAUCCUGAACUCAGUGGUGAAAGCCCUACUGGCCAACCCCACCCGCCGCUUCAUCUAUGUGGAGAUGGCCUUCUUCUCCCGCUGGUGGCAGAUCCAAACCAAGUCAACACAGAAGACUGUGCAGGAGCUGGUGCGCCAGGGGCGCCUGGAAUUUGCCAACGGCGGCUGGGUGAUGAAUGACGAGGCUACCACGCACUAUGGCGCCAUCGUGGAUCAGAUGACACUCGGGCUGAACUUUCUGGAGAACACGUUCGGCAAAGAUGGGCGUCCCCAGGUUGCCUGGCACGUUGAUCCCUUUGGUCACUCGCGAGAGCAGGCCUCGCUCUUUGCCCAGAUGGGCUUCGACGGCUUCUUCUUAGGGCGCGUGGACUACCAAGAUAAGUACAUUCGAGAGAGAGCUCAUCAGAUGGAGCAGGUGUGGCGGGGCAGUGCGAGCCUACAACCUCCCACUGCUGACCUCUUCACCAGUGUGCUCCCCAACAUUUACAGCCCACCAUUUGGAUUUUGCUGGGAUAUGCUUUGUAGAGACCCACCCAUGGUAGAUAAAUAUGGCAUCCCCACGUCCAGCGCUGAGAGACUGGCAACACAGUUCCUGACUAUAGCUGAUAAUCAGGCCAGGCACUACCGCACCAACAACAUCAUAAUGACAAUGGGUUCCGACUUCCAUUAUGGGGAAGCUGAAAGAUGGUUCAAGAACCUUGACAUGCUCAUUCAUCUGGUCAAUGCACAGCAGGCCAAGGGGAGCCGAGUCCACCUUCUGUACUCCACCCCAGCCUGUUACCUCCAGGAGCUGAACAAGGCCAACCUCACCUGGUCACUCAAAGAGGAUGACUUCUUCCCCUACGCCGACGGCCCCCACGAGUUCUGGACGGGUUACUUCUCCAGCCGGCCGGCCCUCAAACGCUACGAGCGCCUCAGCUACAACUUCCUGCAGGUGUGCAACCAGCUGGAGGCGCUGGCAGGACCUGAUGCCAACGCAGGACCCUUUGGCUCUGGAAACAGUGGGCCCCUCACAUCUCUGUCCUCCUGGGGGGGCUGCCCCCCGCCCCCCGAGGACCGCCAUGCUCCCUGUCCCACCCUAGGGGAGGCGAUGGCCGUGCUCCAGCACCACGACGCGGUCAGCGGGACCGCCCGGCAGCUGGUGGCCGAGGACUAUGCGCGCCGGCUGGCGGAGGGCUGGGGACACUGUGAGACAGCCUUGGUGCAGGAGGUGCACCAGAAGUUCUCAGAAUGGUGCUACCAAGUGGUUCGUCUGUACCCAGGACAGAGGCACUUGGAGCUGGAGUGGACAGUGGGACCAAUACCAAUGAACAUAAAUCACUUUGGAAAAGAAAUCAUCAGUCGCUUUGACACAGUGCUGAAGACAGGUGGACGUUUCUACACGGACAGCAAUGGCCGGGAGAUCGUGGAGAGGAGGAGGGAUUACCGGCCCACCUGGGACCUGAACCAGACUGAUCCAGUGGCAGGAAACUACUACCCAGUCAACAGCCGCAUUUACAUCACGGACGGGAACAUGCAGCUGACAGUGCUGACUGACCGCUCCCAGGGAGGCAGUAGCCUGAAGGAUGGAUCGUUGGAGCUCAUGGUGCACCGCAGAUUGUCCACAGAUGAUAAAAAGGGUUUGAAGGAGCCCCUGAUGGAGAUGGACCCAAACAGGAAAGGUCUGACUGUGCGAGGCCGCCACCUCGUGCUACUGGACAAGACCCAGAAUGCUGCCACCAGCCACCGACUGCUGGCCGAAAGGGAGAUCCUGGCUCCACAGGUAGUGUUGGCCCCUAGCGACGGCUCCCUCUCCUGCAGCAGCGGCAGCCCACUCAGAAAGCCCAUGGAGAUCCGCACCUUCUUGGCCUCCAUCAAAUGGAAGCGGUCUCAACAUUACUUGGCUUCCCCCAUCGUAGCUGGAGCACCCCGUAUCACAGACUGGGUGAACCACUGCCUCUCCAUCCUCCUGUUGGUGUGGUAA